UUGUCGCCAGUUGGUUAUUGGACACAAGCGUUAAUUAAAUUUCAUUAACAAUGAGUUCAUUCCCAAAAGUUUAUUGUCUUUUGGCAAUUUUUCUUACAGGAUUAAACUAUGAGAUAGUAUUGGCACAAAAUAGAAUAGUAGGGGGAACUGAAACUACAAUCGAAAUGUUUCCUCAUAUGAUUCGUGUUCAAGUUGGAAUAAAAAAUUCAAAUUUGGCAAGUAUAUGUGGUGGUUCAAUUAUUGGUAGUGAAUGGGGUCUUGCAGCAGCACAUUGCUUUGGAAAUCCACAAAUUGAUUACAAUAAAAUAUCUGUAAUUGCUGGUACUGCUGAUAUAAAAAAUUUAGCAAAAACUGCAAAACAACAUAAAGUAAUAAAAGUUGUUCGAAGUCCAUAUUAUAAUCCUAAUGACGAUAAUCGAAAAGUUGGAGGUGACAUCGCUGUAUUUAAAGUAACUCCACCCUUCGCUUAUAGUAGUGCAAUUCAACCAAUUAAAUUACCACAAAAAGGGCAACCAUUAAUAACAAAUUAUGGCACACUUUCAGGAUGGGGAAAAAUAAGACCAAGUGGACCAGGUUCUGAUAAGUUGCUCUCCGUUACUGUACCCUUACUUGAAUUGAACAAAUGUAAAGCUAAAUAUCUGCAAAGUGGCAUAAAAUUCAAAGAAGGGGAAAUUUGUUACGGAUUCCAUGAGGGAACAACAACUCGCGAUUCAUGCGAAGGCGAUUCUGGUGGUCCACUUAUCAAUUACAACAGAGUGCAACUUGGAGUAGUUUCAUAUGGUGUCGAAUGUGGAACGACAGGAUUUCCGGGGGUUUACGCUGAUGUUCUUUAUUUCCGUGAUUGGAUUAAGCAAGAAACAGGAAUAUGAUUUGAAAAAUUUUAUUAUAUGAUAUCUGUAAUAGUUUUUGCAGAAAUAACACUGGGAUAAAAAACUG